AUGUCCUCAACCGAUUCUAGUCCUAAAGAACAUCAUAAUACCUCACCCACUUGGAAUAGCGAGGGCAUGGUGACCUCAAACAUAUCAAGCGAAACAGGUAUUUCGCAACUUAUGGAAACGUCCACAUUUAUUUUUCCCACGAAUUUGUCGGCUUCUACCAAUGAAUCAAAAAAUACUACCGGAUCACAACAAUCAAAUUUUGUUUCUUUACCGCAAAAUAGUAUUUUUCCUUAUGAUUUUAUUUGUGUGGAAGAGUUGCGAAAACUUGCGGAAGUUAGCAAUCAAAUUUAUUCUUCGACAUCCGAUUCUUCAAAUUCGACCUUGCCCGUAGUUGACCAUGUUCCUGCAAAACCGGUUAAACCGAUUCAACCAGCUUCACCUUUGUCGAAAGUUAAUGACUCUGAACGAUCGUCUUCCUCUAAUUUUACCAAUGAAGAUAAUUUUAAGAAGAAAAUCAUAGGAGGUCGAAAAAGAAAAGUUGAAAACUUGGAAGAUAAGGAACACAGACAACGUGAGAGAAUACUUCGAAAUCGUCAUGCUGCGCAAAUGUCACGUGAUAAAAAGCGACGGCAAAUGGCGGACCUUGAAUCUCAAAAUAUGAUUUUAAAGGAAGAGAAUUCUCAACUUUCUACACGAUUAAAAAUUGUCGAAGAAGAAAACAUUGCAUUAUCCGAAAAGCUUGAUACAAUUUCAGCACAACUUGUUGAUAUUCAAUCACAUAUCGCCGUAUCCGAGAUGACCAAAGUCCUACUUGGCGGUGUUUGCGGAUCAGCAGCAUCCGCGACCUUGGAUUCCGACUCUCUUGCGUUGAACGUACGUCUCCAAUGCAAGAGAGUCCUCCAAGAAGUCCCAGCAGCGGCACGUCAAGAUAUGGAACCUUUACGGGACGUUGUCACAAAUCCAUUCUUUUCCGAUUUGGAUGCUUCCAACACAAGUACUGAAUCAAUUAAUUCUGACCUUCUCGAUAGUUUUUUGGACUAUGAUUGGUCAGCAGAAGAAUUUUCUUCUAUUGGAUGA